AUGGUGCCUCUCCAGCUUUCACCCACGAGUGACGAACCGCCCUCUCACCCUUAUCCCAGGAGGGUGCCGGACGCGUCUUUGCCUGUGCCGCCUUCUCCCGGGUGCAGGCCAACUGUUCCAAGCUCUGAGCCAACCGUUCCAAGCUCUGAGCCAACUGUUCCAGGCUGUGGGCCAGUUGACCCGUCAUGUCUUCGGCCUCCGUAUGCUUCUCGUGCGCCUUCCCAGGCGUCCCGCAGAAUGCUCGGUUCAUAUCCAAUACCUGCUUCCUGUCGAUCCCCCCCUCUCGCCACCGCUUCUGCCGUAUCCUCUUCUCCCGUUUCACCGUUUCCUCGCUCCGCGUCUCGCCUCGCUCUUCCUCCCGCCGCAUGCGCAUCCCUCUCUUCCUUGCAGGACGAGGUUGUCCCCGAGGCACCAGGGCAUCGGACGCUCGGCGGGGCAGAGCGCCCUCGAGACGAGGCUGCUCGAGAGCCUUGCGGCGGCCCAGUGUCCAGGUGCCCGAUGGAGAAGAGGCGCGAGACUCCGGCAGAAACUGCGCAUGCCGUCUUGGUCAACGACAGCUGGACGUCGAGCACGGCGCCUCUCUGCGCCGCCUGCCAGGUUCUGAGAGGCGCUCUUGCAGGCUCCUGCGCAAAGACAGUCGUCUACCCUCUGGACCGCCUCAAGAUGCAUCUACAGGUGAAGGCGGCAGCCACUGGUCAGGCGUUUCAGCUUUCGGGAGCGGUCAGCGUACUGAAGAACAUGGCGUCUUCGGAGCAGGGCGGAGUUCGAGCGCUCUGGCGAGGAAAUGGAAGCGCGUUUAUCCGGGCCUUUCCUUACAGCGGCUUCAGCUUCUACUCCUUCGAGAGAUACAACUUGUAUCUCAGGUCCCAGGCGCCGUCAUGGCCGAAGCUGUGUCAGCUCGGGGCGGGAUCCGCUGCAGGAAUGACUGCAACGCUCCUGACGUACCCCCUGGAUGUGUUGAAUACGCGCAUGGCCGUGACAGCCCACCGGCUCUCGUAUGCGGAGGUGUCUCUUUGGAAAUUUGAGGGAUUUCGUUCUCUCUUCCGAGGUAUCUCCGCGACGGCGCUCGGCAUUGUUCCCUAUGCAGGCAUUUCGUUUUGCGCGUUCGAGACUCUCAAGGACGAGUGCAGAGCGCAGGGUAUGCAAAUCACACCGGUGGUGAACGCACUCUGUGGGGGGUUGGCGGGGGUCGCCGGCCAGACAGCGACGUAUCCUCUCGACACCGUUCGGAAGUUCAUGCAGUCAAGUUCCUUUCUCUAUCGCUUCCAUGAGACAGGACACACAGGGUCGGCGUCUCCGCCCUCGCUCAUCGAGGCGUUCAAGUUUCUGUACAGACGGUCGGGGUGGAGGGGGCUGUACAACGGCGUGUCUCUGAACUGGAUCAAGGGAUUUCUCGCGGCAGGCUUGGCAUUUUCUCUCAACGAAUCUGGGAAGCAACAUCUCACUCCGAUCUUCUGCCAACACCCUCCUCGUCCGCUCUAG